CAAUAAUGAAGAGAGACGUGUCCGUACGUCAGUCAUCCAAAAAGUCAAUUUUCUUCUGAAUCGAAUUGUUGGGACUGAUGUAUGAAAAUAUAGUUGUUGUGAAUAAUUAGGAUAGUUGAUAGAAUUAUCAGCCCUAAACAUGACGCAGACAACAACUGCGAGGCAGGGCAACGGCAGUGAUAAAGGCAUAUUCUCUAACACGGCCGGCUUUAGCACUUUGAUUACUGUUACGGUAUUGUCAUUGGCUUGGCUGGCCGGUUUCGCAUCCCGGCUAUUUGCUGUAAUACGUUUCGAAAGUAUAAUUCAUGAGUUUGACCCAUGGUUCAACUACCGAUCCACGGCGUACAUGGUACAGCAUGGGUUCUACAACUUCCUCAACUGGUUCGACGAGCGCGCCUGGUACCCACUGGGUCGUAUCGUCGGCGGCACUGUGUACCCUGGCCUCAUGAUUACAUCAGGCACAAUUCACUGGAUCCUACACAGCCUAAACAUUCCAAUACACAUUAGGGAUAUCUGUGUGUUCCUCGCACCUGUGUUCAGUGGCUUAACAGCUAUUGCAACAUACUUGCUGACAUCUGAGCUAUGGUCUCGAGGAGCUGGUCUGUUUGCUGCCUGCUUUAUAGCCAUAGUGCCAGGCUACAGCAGUCGUUCAGUAGCUGGAAGCUAUGACAACGAGGGUAUUGCCAUAUUUGCCCUGCAGUUUACAUACUACUUAUGGCUAAAGAGUUUGAAGAAUGGAUCAGUUUUCUGGUCCAUUUGCACAGCUCUGUCAUACUUUUACAUGGUGUCAGCAUGGGGAGGCUAUGUAUUCAUCAUCAACUUGAUCCCUCUUCAUGUGUUCCUGCUUCUCAUUAUGGGAAGGUUCUCCCAGCGACUGUUUGUCAGCUACACUGUGUUCUACAUUGUUGGACUGCUUAUGUCCAUGCAAAUCCCCUUCGUAGGAUUCCAGCCUAUCCGGACUAGCGAACACAUGGCUGCUUCGGGUGUAUUUGCGUUGCUGAUGGCAAUUGGUGCAUUGAAAUACCUGCAUAGCCUGAACCCUAAAGGUCAGUGGAAGCAGCUGCUGAUCCUGGGCGGUCUGGCUGCCGCUGGCACAGUGUUCCUCGCUGUCGUGCUGCUGACUUACGCUGGAGUCAUCGCGCCAUGGAGUGGAAGAUUCUACUCACUAUGGGACACGACAUACGCAAAGAUCCACAUUCCUAUUAUUGCGUCGGUGUCAGAGCACCAGCCUACGACCUGGUCAUCAUUCUUCUUUGACCUUCACGUCCUUGUGUGCACCUUCCCCGUCGGUCUGUGGUACUGCAUCAAGCAUAUCAAUGACGAGAGAGUUUUUGUGGCUCUGUACGCGCUUAGUGCGGUGUACUUCGCGGGAGUGAUGGUCCGUCUGAUGCUGACCCUGACUCCCGUGGUCUGUGUACUAGCAGGCAUUGCUUUCUCCAUCCUGUGCGACCUGGUUCUCAGAGAAGAGGAACUGCCCACACAACAGGAUGAAACUGAAGAGUCCAAGAGUUUGUAUGAUAAGGCCGGUAAACUAAAGAAGCGUACCCAUGAGCAGCCCGCCCCAGUGGACCCGGGACUCGGCAUGAACGUCCGCUCGGUGACGUUGAUACUCAUCAUGAUACUGCUCAUGUUGUUCUCCGUGCACUGCACCUGGGCUACCUCCAAUGCUUACUCCAGCCCCAGUAUCGUGCUAGCUAGCUAUGGAAACGACGGAACUCGUAAGAUCCUGGACGACUUCAGAGAAGCAUACGGCUGGUUGUCUCAGAACACUGCUGAAGACGCGAGGGUCAUGUCGUGGUGGGAUUACGGAUAUCAGAUUGCAGGAAUGGGCAACCGUACAACGUUAGUGGACAACAACACGUGGAAUAACUCUCACAUAGCGCUUGUGGGUAAGGCUAUGGCCAGUAACGAGUCGGCGGCCUACGAAAUAAUGACUAUGCUGGACGUGGACUAUGUGCUGGUCAUAUUCGGUGGGGCUAUCGGAUACUCGGGUGAUGACAUCAACAAGUUCAUCUGGAUGGUCCGUAUCGCUGAAGGAGAACAUCCUAAGGAUAUUCAUGAAGCUGAUUACUUUACGGAGAGAGGCGAAUACAGGGUCGACUCGGAAGCGUCGAAAACUAUGUUGAACUGUCUAAUGUACAAACUAUCAUAUUAUAGAUACGACAGUGGCGGUAGUCCCCCAGGCUACGACAGGACGCGUGGGGCGUUGCCUGGGAACCGCGGCUUUAAGCUCACUUACCUAGAGGAGGCCUACACCACUGAACACUGGCUGGUCCGGAUAUACAGAGUGAAAAAACCAGACGAGUUCAACCGUCCGCGUUUGCCGCUUGCAAAAAGAACAGUUCCGACUAGCAACACUAUAUCCAAAAAGCAUGCCUUAGGAGGCGGACCGAUGACAACUAAAAGACGAAAAGGGAUGCUGAAAAACAAACCGACGAUUGUGAAGGGUAAGAAGGUGGUGAAGUUGGAGUGACGCAGCGUGCGAGGCCGGCGGCGCGCGCGCAGGGCCCGCCGCCUGCGCAGCUAGUGCCGCGACGGUGGCGCCGCGCCGUGUUUUGUGCACACGCCUGUCUGCCACCACUGCAUGGACAACUUGCGACUCGCCCUCGCACUACACGAACACAAUGACGACCCAACACACUGAACUCUACCAACCCUUACUCUGCUACAAGUAAGAUUUCACCCUAAUCCUCCUGCCAUAAUAAUAUACAUUCUAUUAAACUUAAGUAGUGUACGUUUAAUUUAUUUCUCUCUGAAGUCACAUUUAUUGUAAUCUAUUAGGUUUUAGAAUGUUUCGGAUACGUAUUGUUUGUAUAUUUCGCAGUUCUUUCCAAGUGAAAUCUUACAUGUAUUAGAAUUUAUCACAUUGAAGGCCUAAAGUUUACGACAAUAGGUAUGAAUAUUGUUCCAUUAAAGCCGUGUUUUCAUAAUGAAUUUAUCAUCAAAUCUCGUUACCCGUGUUGACCCAUAUACAAGUUGCCAUUGUUAACUCCUCGUUCGAUAUUUAAAUAAUAUUCAAUAUUUUGGUGUAGGUGUUUGUGUGAGUUAUUCAUGCAAGUAAUUCUUCUUAUAGGUAUGUGUGUGAAAUAUUUGUGUAUGUGAUUGUAGUGACAUACAAGACACGGAGCCGCCACUGACGUUUUUAAACUGAUGAUGACUGACACCAAUAUAUAUUGUAUUUUAGUCCAUUAGAUAAAAAAAUGUUUCUAAAAAUAUUUAGUUCGUUCUAGCACUGGGUAGAUUGGUGUUUAAAAUAAGUGUUGAUUUUUCUCAUAAAUACUUAGAAAAUGCAAUAAUUCUAAUAAAGAAAAUUAUUAAUAGUACAGAAGUAAUAUAUUUGUUUAUGUAUGAAGAAAGUGGGAUCUGUAAAUAUGCUUCAUUUACUUUGUAUUUGAAAUUAUAUUCUAUUCCGUAUUAUAUUAUAUUGUGUGGCAAUACUGCGACUUACGUUUGCGUUAGUCGUGUAUAAAGAAUAGUGUAUCGGUGACUAUUUGUGUAUUUAAAGUAAUUACAUUAAUAUUUCUUAAUUGGAUAUAAAUACACAUGAAAGGUAGACAGCAUAAUGUCCCCUCAUUUCUCGAGAGAUUCGUUUAGUCCGUAGUGCAUUAAUAAUUUCGAGUAAAUAUCACUGUUCUGUCAAUUUAAUAGAUUGUGUAAUUGUGUUAAGGUAAUGGCUAUAUAUGAAUAUAAUUUUGUAGUCAAGUAUCCUCAGUCGUGACUAAUAUAUAGCGCGCGGGAGUUGCUCUGUCGUGAGAGCUGUGCAAUGUGUUCGCGACACAAUAACAGAGUAAAUCUGAAUUAUAUUUGUAAUUGCUACGUCCAUUUGUAUAGUAAUUGAAUUUAUAUUUACCGCUAUCUGUCCUACUGUCCGUUUCUCUUUAUUUUUCAUGUAAUUUAUUGAAUUCUUAUAAAUAAUGAUAAUGUUGCCUCGCUACACUUCAGUACUUACCAAGUUUUAUUGUAACACUUAGUUAACAAGAGUUAAGAUGCAGUACUAUUUUGUAUCUUAUGUAUGUAACGUAAUUAUAAAUGUAACCAAAGUUUGAAGUCUUGUUCUCAUGUUAAAACUAGUGGACAUUCCCUAGUUAUGUUAUUCAUAAAGUUUUUCUGUAAGUUUACAAUUUUACUUGUAGUGUUGUGUUCUGCAUUUAUUUUGUAUAUCUAUAAUGUCAUUAAAAUGUUUAUCUGUAUAGCGGAAACUAAAAAAAAUAAGAUUAUGCAUAUUUUAAGUGAUACUCGAGUAUGAUCAGUCGUAACAAACUCAGUUUAAGCUGUGUACGUUUCCUUCUUGUAUUUAUCGCAACUUCAACUUCAUCGCAACACUACACUAAAGUUGUAAACGUUUCGCAUACUUACAAAUUUAUCAAAAUAAUGUAAAUUGUAAUUCAAUGGUGAUUCAUAUAAUUCAGUGGGUGUUAAUGUGUUACGUAUUUUUAUUUUAUUUUUUUGUUGUCCAUCAUUUGUUUUGCGUAAUUGUAACAGAGUUUUAUCGAUCUGUAGAUAAGAUACAUUGU